AUGAGUCUAUUGAAGAUCCCUUUCAUUCUAGUUUCGGCCAUUGGCAUCCAUAUUUCGUUGACUUCUGCUUCUCCGUCACCGUCAUCUAAAGAGAAGGUGGUGCCUUCAUCGUUCGAAUCCUUCGCUGGAUGGUUUUUGAAUCGUCGCUGUCUGGAGUUAAUGAAGAUUAGCGCAUGGGCAGCAUCAUCUGCUGAAGUGGCUAACAUCCUGGCCAUACAUAUAGGUCCCUCACAGAUUCCAGAAGGCAUCCAUGGCGCUAGAGCUGUGCGCUUUUUGCGCGUUCUUCACCCUACACCGAUCACCCCCGCUUUCCUUGUCGGCUGUAUCGCCGUGGCGAUUGGCGGCGUGUUGAGGCUUUAUUGUAUCUCGACGUUAGGAAAGCUCUGGAGCUUCCACCUCAGCGUCAGAAAAGAGCACAGACUUGUGACAAGCGGGCCGUACUCGGUGGUACGCCACCCAAGCUAUACUGGUCUUCUUUUCCAAAUUGCCGGGGUCGCUAUCAUGUACGGAAGUCAAGGAUCGUGGAUGAGGCAGUCUGGGAUCUUACAAGUGCCUUUUAUUAAAGUAUUAGCAGUGUCUAGCUUUUUCGUAUUUACCACAUUCUGCUCUUGGGUUGCCAUCAGCCGACCUGCAGUGGAGGAUCAGAUGUUGCAGCGUGCUCUGGGAGACGAAUGGGAGAAUUGGGCAAAGAAAGUGAGAUACCGGCUUAUUCCUGGGGUUUAUUGAUUAC